GACAUGGAAGCUGUGAUUGGACUGUUGCUGAUGCUACUCAGAGUCUCUCAUGGUGUGGAAACAUGUGAUGGCAGACAGGAUGGAGCUCAGUGUUAUGGAGCUUUGGGAGGAACUGUGGUCCUCCAGCUGAUGGACAACGCCUCAGAAAUAUUUAGAUACCAAUUGUUAAAAAACACAACAAUAAUACUCAGUGGGAGAAAGAAUCAGAUUCUGUCUAAUCUGACAGAAAACAAAUUCUCAUUUACUCCCAUUAAUGGAACAUUUAGGAUCAACAACCUGAGCUGGACUGAUGGUGGUGAAUAUACUCUUGAAAUCUUUGAUCCAAAAGGACAGAGAUCCGAGCAGCGGACUCUACAUUUGAUCAUUCGAGAAAUAGGAAUUUUGCCGACAAUCGCCGGCGUACUCUCUGCACUGGUAAUUCUCCUGGCAGUCGGGGUGGCAGUCGUCUUUGUUCACAAGAAACAGGAAAACAACAAACCUAAAGAAGAAGAAGUUGAACAGGAAUUAACCUAUGCUGAUGUCAGGGUCGUGCAGCCACCUGGGAGGCAGAUGCAGCAAAGAGAAGAGGUGGAGGUGGAGUACGGCCAAGUCAAGAUUUCAAAGCAACCUCGGCAGACUGUUGAACCAACAGGAGAUAAAUAAUAAUAAAAUAAUAAAUUAUUUUAUUUUUAAUGGCCUUUCAUGCCACUCGAGGUCACCUUACAUCAUAAAAUACGACAAGAGGCAAUUAUAUAUUGCAUCAUUAAAACAGCAUAAAAACAGAAAAGUAAAUAAAAGUAAAACUAUAUUUUGAGGUCCCUUAGGAGAAGGCCCUAGCACCCAUUACUGAGGUUGAUGGGUGGUACUGCCAAAAGAUUUAGACUGCAGGAAAGCGAGAAAGAGUGUGGGUCUGAAUGAGGUAACUUGCUGUAGCAUUUUGUAUGAGUUGCAGUUGGUGAACAUGUUUUUUGGGGAUGCCUGCUAAAUUUGCAUUGCAUUAAUCAGGGAUGUGCACAGACAUUUUGGUGGGCAGGGGCUCAAGUUAAAAAAAGGGCAUUUUUUAAACAAGACAAAUAUAUUAACUUUUUAUUUUCUACAAAAUAAUCAGUUCACACAGAGACCAUGGUCUUUUUUAGUAUUCACUAGAUUUAUCACAGGAGCAGGCGACAGAAACGCAAACUAUGCCACAAUGUGCAUGUUUUCUAUGCUACUAGU